AUGUUCAGGUUUUUUCACCUCGACAUCCUGGUCAGCCUGAUCAGCCUGAUCGGCUGUUUUGCAUUGAUAAACGCCCAGCAGCAGCAGCAAUCCCACCAGCAGGAGAUUACGGGGAUACAACUCCACUCAUCAUGGCUGUACUCGAUGCCCUGGCGUCCUUUGAUCCUGCCCACAGCCAGUCCUUCACUGCCUUCUCUGACGGCGCUGGCUCAACUGAGUCCUGGCUACACGGGUCCGCAGACCUUUCCGCCAGUUCCACAGGAUCAACGCCAACAGACGCAGCAAUAUCAGCAACAUCAGCAACAGCAAUUCCAGCAGGCAUAUCUGCAGCAAUACCAGCAACCCCCCGUCCUGGUGGGCUUAUUCACUCCUCAACUGCAGGCCCAGCCACUGGCAGCUCCUCCUCCGCAGGCUGGGCAUUUUAGCCUGCCCUUCAGGCCCUCGCCCUUCGCCGGAUAUACGGAUGACGGAGAUGAGCAUUUAGCCCAGGGGCAGGGCAACGGCAUUCAAGAGCAAACGGCGCAGUGGGAACUGGAGGAGCCGACCUUCCAUGAGCAUGCCUAUAAUAAUAAGCCAGCGGCGGAGGGAUCGCAGCAGCCAAGGGGCUACGUCUAUCUAUCGCCUAGUAAUGCCUAUAAUCUAGUAAAAACUUAGUUUACAGAGCGCACAUAAAUAUCACCUUUUUUUUGUGUUAGUUCUUAGCUCAAUGAAGCUGGGUUCGGAAAAAUCGAAUU